AGACAUUUAUGCUCCAAUCUUUUGAGCCCUAUAUAUACACUCAUUAUAACCCUUCAAAUCCUCAACAUCUUUCACUACAACUCUAGCUUUACUUAUCAGCUUACUCUUUUUGUUCCAUCUUGAGAUUAAAAAAAAAAUACCUAUCAGCUAUACACACUAAACAUAUGGAAGACAUAAUCUCUUCAUCUUCAUCUUCAUCAUUCCUUUGUCAUGGCAAUCCAUCACCCACAAUUCAACAGCGACUACAAUUCAUCCUCCAAAACCGGCCCGAGUGGUGGAUGUACUACAUCUUUUGGCAAACCUCAAAAGACAAUGCCACUGACCGCCUUGUGUUAUCAUGGGGUGAUGGCCAAUUCCGCGGUUCCAAAGAUUCGAUGCUCAAACCUACUAAUGCUAGUAAUGUUGGAUUUGAGUUGGAGCAGCGAAAGGUUGCGAAAGGGAUUCAGUCUCUCUUCACGGACACCAUAACCAGUGGAGUUGAUGGUGUGGUUGUGGACACUGAAUUUCCUGAUUCUGAGUGGUUUUUUAUGGUAUCGGCGACCAGGUCGUUUCUGGCCGGGGACGAUAACAUUGUCGGCCGGGCUUUUAGUUCCGGCACCUAUGUAUGGUUGGCUGGUGACGAGGAGCUUCAAUUCAAUGCAUGUGACCGAGCCAAAGAAGCUUAUCUUCAAGGAGUUAAAACACUUGUGUGCAUUUCAACUCCAUGUGGGAUCAUUGAGCUCGGUUCCUCAUAUGCUAUCAAAGAGGACUGGGGUCUGGUCCACUUAGCCAAGUCUGUUUUUUGUCCUGACAAUACAAACAUGAACAUGAGCACUAGUCCCAAUCAAAGUCUCUCACUCUUGGAUAUCAAUGCUGGAUAUCCGAGAGAACAUAUAAAGAGUACUAACUCGGGUGGCGAUGAAGACAUUGCGAAGCAAACAAAAAUGACACGAUCAUCUUCGUAUUUGGGGAAUUCUGGCUUCGAAAGUCCUCUUGAUAUUCACCAUGACACGACGAUGUGCACAAGAUCUUUUAACAAGAGAGGGAGAAGGACGGUAGCUUCCGGAAGAGAAUUGGCACAAAAUCACGUGGAAGCCGAGAGACUUCGCAGGGAAAAGCUCAACCACCGAUUCUAUGCGCUUCGAAGCGUGGUUCCAAAUGUCUCAAGAAUGGACAAGGCAUCUCUGCUCGGAGACGCAGUCACAUACAUCAAGGAACUCAAGUCGAAAGUCGAUGAAUUGGAUGGAAAACUCCGCGAAGAAGUGAGGAAGUCCAAGUACACAACGGACGCGGUUUAUCAUGAUACAUGUGCCACUCAAAGCACCUCAACUACAACUCACGCAUAUAAUGCCGCAGCUGCUAGAUCCACCGUUCUCAACUACGGGCCGAUUCAAAUGGAAGUCGACAUCAAGAUUCUCGGCUCACAGGCAAUGAUCCAUGUACAAAGUUCCGACGUAAACUACCCGUGGGCAAGACUAAUGGAUGCCCUCAGAAUGCUGGAAUUCCGAGUUCAUCACGCAAGUGUAUCCAGUGUCAAGGACCUCAUUCUUCAAGACAUCGUAAUCAAGGUUCCCGAUGGUUUGACAAAUGAAGAAGGCCUUAAAUCUGCAAUACUAGCCACUUUGCAGAUCUAAUACAUCAUUUAUCUAAAUGAUGAUCGAGUUGCUUAAUUAGGAAUGCUGUAGUUUUAAUCUUUCUAGUCAAUUGGGGUAUGUACGUUAUGUUCGAUUUGGUGACUUGGUAAAUUUUUUAUUUUAUUUUAUUUUUCGUUUCUUUAUUCAGGUUGCCUCUCGGCUUAUGUUAGUAUGGAUGUAAUAAAAUUUGUUUGACUUCUUCA